CUAGGAGUCGUUUGCUUCGUGCAUUUGAAAAAUGAUGGUUUUGGUAUAAUUUGAGUUUUGAAAUACCAUGGAUAUAUGAGCGUUUUGAGUGCAUUAUGAAUUUGAUAAACACCAUUGUUUGUUUGAUAGAUUUUGUUAAUUAAAGGUUUAAUACACUUGUAUAUCCAAAAGUAUCACGGUUGUGCCAAUAAUAUCCAAAAAACCGGAAAUACCACUUAUAUCCAUGUUUUAAAGUUGUUCUUUGCCAAAUCUAUCCAUCUCCGUUAAAUGCUUUGACGGCGUUACUAACUCUGUCAACAUAGCUGACGGCAAGCUGAUUGUACGCCAACUAUGCAGACACGUAAGCGCCACCUACGCCAAAAGUGCCACGUAAGAGUGAAUUAAAAAAUGCCAAUUUUUUUUAAAAAAAAACCUAAUCCCACAUAUUACCAAUGAUGACGAACAACGAGGUGCUCUGAAAUCCCUUUCUCCUUUCGUUUUUUAGGGUUCGCACCCUGGCGGCGACAAAAUCUCCUCCUGCCGACUGAGGCUCCUCCAAGCGAUUUAAGAUCCUCCCGCCGACUGUAUAUACUCCCUAAGAUUGAAGAUCCUCCCGCCGAGUGAAGGUUUCGGAUUCGUGGUUUCUGGCGAUUUGGCGACUCCUGCGAUUCUGGCGGAUUUGGCGAUUGGCGAUUGGCGAUCGGCGACCCAGAUUCACGACAAAAGCGAUUUGCAGGCCCAGAUUUCCAUUUGUCGUAGGUGAUUAACUUCUUUGUUGAUUCUCGUCUCUGCAUUUGAAUUUAGUCGACGUUUCGCCAUGUCGAAGAGAUGUUCUUCUUCAACUUCGACACAAGGUCAUGGGGUGGUACUUUGCAAACACAACGUGGCUUGUGUGGUUAAUACCUCUGGUACGGAAAUGAACCCAGGCAGACAGUUCUAUGGGUGCCGAUAUUGGAAGAACGAGAAAAAGACAUGCGGUUUCUUUAGGUGGGUACAUGGGAUGGUUGAUGAAGUGGAUGAAGAAACCUGUACAAUUGGGAGUUCUCAGCUGAAGCUCGAGGAUAAUAUGCGUAUAGCCGAGUCGAAAGCGGAAAGGAGAAAGAAGGAGAAUAGAAGUUUGGUUGAAGAGUUGUCAAGGUUGAUGAAGACUCAAGAAGUUAUGCUGGCUGAAGGAAGGAGAUUGGCUCAUGACAUCCGUCUCAUCCGAUAUCAUUUCACAGUGGUUGUUGUAGUGAAUUUCAUAUUGCUUGUUCUUUUGUGGCAGCACCUUGUUAUGUAGAAGUAGUUCUAUUGUACUAGGUUUGCUUCCAUGAGAAAGGCGAUUGUUGUAUCUUAGAUGAGAUGUUAAACACAAGGGAGUUGUGCCAGCACCAGGUUUGCUGUCAAUUGUAGUUGUUGUAGUUUAUGAGCUUCGAAUUUGAUAUGCUAAACACAAGGUAGUUGUGUUAUCUUUCUCCUUUUGAGUUAAAUAGUUUAAGUUGUUGUAGUUGAUGACCUUCCAAACAUGAGCUCCAAUCUGAUAUGCUAAAUAGUUGUUCAUUACACUGGAGUCUAAGAUUAUGAAGCAUAACAGUCAGCUCCAAUCUGAUAUGCUAAAUAGCUGUUCAUUACACUGGAGUCUAAGAUUAUGAAGCAUAACAGUCAGCUCCAAUCUGAGAUGCUAAAUACCUAUUCAUUACAGAGUAGUCUAAGAUUCUGAAGCAUAACAGCCAGCUCCAACCUGAGAUGCUAAAUACCUAUUCAUUACAGAGUAGUCUAAGAUUCUGAAGCAUAACAGUCAGCUCCAAUCUGAGAUGCUAAAUACCUAUUCAUUACAGAGUAGUCUAAGAUUCUGAAGCAUAACAGCCAGCUCCAAUCUGAGAUGCUAAAUACCUAUUCAUUACAGAGUAGUCUAAGAUUCUGAAGCAUAACAGUCAGCUCCAAUCUGAGAUGCUAAAUACCUAUUCAUUACAGAGUAGUCUAAGAUUCUGAAGCAUAACAGUCAGCUCCAAUCUGAGAUGCUAAACAAAAUGGGCCAUUACAC